AUGGCCGCGAAACAUGUUUUGUUUCUCCUUUGUUUAACAUUUUGUUAUAUUUGUGUUAAUGGUGAUAUUAUAUGUGAAAGUGGUUUUUGUGCAAACUAUGUAAUUGACCAUGAAUGUCCUAUGCAAGCACCAGACUGUCAGUACAACAACGCGACUCAUUCAGGGAUAUAUCUACCCUCACCAACUAUUUGCAAUUGUUGUACACACUGUCUGCCAUUAUACGGUCUGGGUCAACCAUGCAGUUUAGGCGGGGCAGGCUCUGGUACUACUAUUGGUAGAUGUAGUCAUGGCUUAACCUGUGAUGACUCCACUCGAACGUGCAUUAGGAUGAAAACUGAAUGCCACGAUGCUCAAGAUGACUAUGACAGUCGUCACUCGAGAGGGCUAACUGGAACAUUAGAAACCAGACCAAAUUGUGACAAUAAAGGAAAAUAUGCCACCUUCGACUGUGUUCCUUCUCAGACUUGUUUUUGUCAAUCAGAAGAUGGCGAAAGGAUAUUUGGAGAAGUCCCGUAUACAGGGAUAUUUCAAAAUAUGUCAUGUACUUGUUCCCGCAUGGCGCACAAAAUUCAAAAUUUAAUAGCAGGGGAUGUACCGUACCCUGUGUUUGGUCUACGAUGUACUUCCGAUGGUAAUUUCAACCCCGUGCAAUGUUUAGGGAAACAAUGUUAUUGUGUGGACGUAAUAACUGGUGAAGCCCGUGGAGAUACCACGAUAGAUUUAGAUAAACAGCCUAUUUCUAGAUUGCCGUGCUAUAAUGCAGACUUAGAUCUAUUUCCACAAGGAGAUGAUGCUGAGCCCCCAUACGAGUAUACAACUCCUUGUCUUAACAGUGUUAAAGAGAGAGAAGAUUUAAUACAAAAAAGUAUUGAAGAAGGGUACAACGUUGAUUAUUUUACAGGUUUUAGUUCAAUAAGCUGCUUGCCCGAUGGAACUCAUAGUAGGAUGACUAUUAAUUCCAAUGGACAAAAAAUAUGUAUAAACGAACGUGGUCUACAAAUAGGUGAUUUUUCAGCAGAACCAAACACUGCUUCUUACAGCAAUAUGAAUUGUAAAUGUGCAAUAACCUCAAAUUUGAUGAACUCUUCAACCGAAAGCCCUCAGUGUUGUAAAAAUGGUAACUUUAGAAGCAUACAAUGUCGUCGUGGCCAGUGUUACUGUGUCGACUCAAAUGGACGCCAAAUUGGAAAAGAGAACACAGAUGUUACCCGCUUGUCUUGUCAUAAUGCUAAUUGGAGAAAUUGC